AUGUUUCGUUCUACGCACUACCAAAGAAUUUUGAGCGGUUUGGAGCCAAUCCGCAGCUAGUAAAAGCAACUAAAAUGUUAGAAGAAAUGCGGAUGGAUGUACAGAAUAUGAUGUCUUGGAAGAAGAAAGCGAUAUGUGAAAUUAAGGAUACAGCGGAGGACGCUGUUAUGAAGUAUACAUAUGAUCCAGACAUGAACCUCAACUAUUUUAAUGCCAAAAAGAUGUACGACCCUCGGUACGAAAUGCCUCCAGAAGAUAGCACAGAUUGGCAACCAAUGGAGUACAAUCCACACAGAAGCUACGAUGGUGCUGCUGUUAAUACCUCAUACAGUGUAGUUCACGUUCCUACUAACGUGUAUGAUAAAUCUCCUGAUGUUUUAAAUGCUAUAAAAUGGUCAGAAAAACUAAAUACAGUAUUCAAAAAUAAUUUAAUUUACGAUUCAUCUCUGAUAUGGCAGUUCUUCGGCAGUGCUACGGGUUUCCUACGACUAUUUCCAGCCACAAAAUGGGAAGUUCCCGAAGGGCCGGACAUGUACGACUGCCGAAUGAGACCGUGGUAUAUUCAAGGUGCUGCUUCUGCCAAAGACAUAGUGAUACUUUUAGACGGUAGUGGAUCCAUGACGGGGCUUAGAAAGGAAAUUGCCAGAAAUGUAGUCCUAAAUAUUUUAGAGACACUUAGUGAUAACGAUUUCGUAAAUAUUCUUAGGUUUUCUGAAAAUGUGAAGUCUGUUGUUCCUUGUUUUGAAAAUACGCUUGUUCAAGCAACAGAAGGAAACCUCAGGGAAUUUCGAGAACUUUUGAAAGAUUUAAAUACUGUUAAUAUAGCCAACUUCACUUUAGGAUUAAUUACAGCAUUUGAGCUUCUUCAAAAAGUUGCCAAAAGCAAAGAAGGAAGUCAAUGCAAUCAAGCAAUUAUGUUAAUUACUGACGGGGCACCAUAUACAUAUGAAAAAAUUUUUCAGCAGUAUAACUGGCCAAAUAUCCCAGUACGAGUAUUUACUUAUUUAAUUGGCAGAGAGGUCACCGAUAUGGAUGAAGUACAGUGGAUGGCUUGUUAUAAUAGAGGAUACUACACUCACGUGACAACUCUAGCCGAAGUAAGGGAGCAAGUCCAGAAAUACAUUCCUGUAAUGAGCAGGCCGGUCGUUCUAUCUGGAGAACAUCCAAUCAUAUGGUCCUCAGUAUACGCAGACAUAUCUAAUGUGAAAUUAUCUGAUUGGUUGUGGCAAGAAAGAGAACGAGCACAUUUUCGGAAAAUGCUGAUUAAAGCCAGAGAAAAAAGACAAAAAGAAACUGAAUGUUUCAUGCCAACAGAAGGGGGUAGUUCUGCAGGAGGUGGUAGUAGUAGUUCUUCAAAUAGCUAUAGUGACAAUGUUUCUAUGAGUGAGAGGUAUACGGCUCCAAAUGUGGAAUACGCAACAGAGCCUGAAGUAACUAGAAGAAGAAAGCCCAUCCAGUUGCUUACAACUGUUGCUAUUCCAGUAUUUGACAGAAGAAAUUUUUCUAACAUAACAGAAAGGAUUAGAAGUAGUAAGAAUAUCUGGAUUGAAAGAACGAAAGAGAUGAGAGUAGCAAAUAUUCUGGGAGUAGCUGGAACAGAUGUACCAAUUAGAGAAAUUAUUAAACUUGCACCUCCACAUAAGCUUGGAGUUAACGGUUAUUCAUUCGUUGUAACAAACAAUGGUUUCGUCCUCUACCAUCCUGACCUCCGGCCAUUAUACCAAGACAUGUUAAAGCCUGGGUAUAGUACGGUGGACAUGGCGGAAGUGGAACUUGUAGAUGAUGAUAAUUUAGGUCCAAGGGAUUUUGAUGAAACGCUGAAGAAUAAGAUGAAAAAUGAUACUAUAAAUCGGCGUAUAGGUUGGCAAACACUCUCCGUAAAAGUUCAUCUAGAUGGCUUGCGAAGAGUAGUCACUAGAAACAACACAUAUUAUUAUGGUCCAAUUGAAGGCACCCCUUUUUCAUUAGUUAUUGCCUUGCCAGAGCCAUACGGACGUUACAGGGUGUUUGGCCAAAUAGAAGUUAAAAGAAGAGCUGAAGACUUACAGAAAUAUUUUCGGGGAUACAAUUGGAGAGUGCACCCAGAUUGGGUGUAUUGUGAAUUUAACAAAAAAGACACGGAUCUUUAUGUUAGCCCCGAAGAUGUGGUUAGGAAAUUCAUCAAUGAAACUGAAACAACACAAAACUUUAAGUGGCGGUCGUCAUCAAAAGAACCACAGAAGUUUUUUGAAAUGCUUUGUGACAAAGAUCUUGUCCAAAGUUUAGUAUUCGAUGCAAAAGUUACUGAUGUUGAUGUCAAAACCUGUGAAGUUCCUCUAGAAUCUUUACCGAAUGAAGAUAGAAUGAUACAUAUGCAUGGGAUUGUAACAUCGUUUGUUGCUACAAGAAGUGGAUUGCUUCGAUUUGAAGAUUAUAGAACGGAAGAAGAAAAAGGAAAUACUACUGAAAGGCCAUUUUACGAAACACACACAAAAGCGACAGAUGAAUUAUUUUACCGAAGAGCAGUGGAUUUUUACCAUAUCAAUAGUUCAGCUUUUGUUUUUGCUGUUCCCUUCGAUGCAGGCACUCGAGACACAAGUCUAGUAACAGCAAGUCAAGCCAUCUUUUUAGGCAAAGGCAACCGAGCUCCUGCCGCAGUUGUUGGUGUCCAAUUCAGGCAUUCUGCAUUUGUUGAAAGGUUCUUCAACAUGACAGGAACGUGUAUGACGGCCUGCAAAUACAAAUGUACUGAUAACCAAACUGACUGCUAUUUAUUGGACAACAAUGGGUUCGUAGUCGUCUCCAAGGUUCAUGAAGAUACGGGGAAAUUUUUUGGAGAAAUCGAUCCCGCAUUUUUUGAAUCCUUGGUCGAACAGAACCUAACAAGAAGGAUUAGAAUGUAUGAUUAUCAAGCAAUAUGUGUGGACACUAUUAUUCGGUCAGGACCAGCUUCGUUUCUAAAAACGCCAUUUCGUCAGCUUGGUAACAUCAUUUAUUGGCUGUGGAGUAAGAUAAUAAUGGUGUUUGUUCAAAAUAACGUCUUUCCUUGGCUGACGGAUACUUUUGCGACUGCAUCAGAAGAUCCGAUGGAACCGGGUGACGAAGAGCAGACACCGCCGAACAAGACUCGACCUCGACCUUGUGACAAGGAAUUUUACUUGUACGAGAUGAAACCGUUGGAUUCCUGGGAACCAAUGAAAGGAGUCUUGCAGAGGUGUUUUGAGUGUGAGAAGAAUUACGUGGUCCAAGGUGUUCCUUACACGAAUUUAGUAAUGCUAGUAAUGUACGGAAACUGCACGUGCGGCGAUUCCGGUGGAUAUGCGGAAACGCAUAUUACAUCGCUUUAUUCUCCAGAGCCACAAGAAAUAGGCUACAAUGAAGAAGAAAGAUGCCAAAGAAUGAGGAAUGGUACACUCAGGAAAUUGCCAGAACCAUGUGUGCAUCAUCAUCCAGAAGAAGGUAGCAUCGGACAGCAGUGUGGCAUGGGGUUCUUGUUAUGUGCUUCCAUUAAUGUAGUCGUUGGUGCCUUGCUCCUUCGUCUACUAUGAAUCCCCUGGAGUGGCCUUCACCAGUGAAAGCGACCCCGACAUAUCGCAGAUCACCCAGAGAUUGCAAUUCCAUGCCUUCUGGAUUCGAUCAUCAUAUCUUUCAAAUUCCAAAUACGAAUUGGACUUAUUUCAUCUAAAAGUAUUCGUUGGCAGAGUUGUGACGUCUCUGAGGAUAGAUCACCACUUUUGGAACUGAGCCACGAACUCGAAUUUGAGAAUUGGCGAAAUCAAAACCUAUAUGGCGAACAAAGCCGGAAUUUUUUUAUAACUGCAAUGUAAAUCUGAAACUCCAAAAUACUCGUCUUCGUCAAGUAUUAAGACUCAAAAAAAUUUGAAAUUGAUUGUCAUUUUGUGCGAGCUGUUCUUUUCGCAAAAAAUCAUAAUUAAGCAUAUCACAAGCUACAGUUCUCUAUGCAUAUAGUUGAAAUAUAUCAAGAAAUAUAUCGCCCUUAAAAUCAGAUCAACCUUUUUGCUCUGGCAUUAAUUGCACAUUGCUCAUACGUUUGGUACUUAGUCGUUUUCAGUAUUAUUCACAAGCAAGUUCGUAAUGUAGAUAUGCUUCUGUUAGUGGCAAUAUUCCUUUAAAACCGCACCCUUUCUACACCAUUGUUUCUCCUCUUUGUCAGUUUAAUCUUCUACUAAUUUAUUGCGGAUUAAUAGUCAAGACUUUAUAUGUAAAAUAAUCCCCAACUCUUGAUGAAGAGUUGAAUAAAACAUUCAAUAGGUAACUACUGAAUGUUCAUAUUAUGAUUGCAAAUUUCAAAAAUGAUGUGUCCUUUGAAACGUACUAAAUUUAAAAAUAAAUAAUAAGGAUUUUAACUAUCAUGACAACUAUAUGUUACAGAUGUUAUAUCUUAUAAUAACUAGAGAAGAUUUGAGACAGCAGUGAGAAAUAAUGGUUUCUUCUAUUUGAUCCAUUUCAUUCAUAUAAGACGAUAGUGUUUAGGGAUAACUUCAGAACUAAUUAUCAUGUAUUAUGAAUCAUAUCAUUGACAACUGAUUGUAAUGAUGUGAAACAUAUCCCAAAUUUUUAAUAUCACAGAUAAACGUCCAAAGAUUAAUUGUAGCGAGGAAAACGUGGAAAGUUCAGUCGACGCACAAGUACACUAAUUACGCCACAGUACAUAAUGCAGUCUUUGAGAUGAGAUAUGAAAUUGUGAAUCUUAGUUUUUAACAUAUCUUCAUUGUAAAAAAAAUCAAUAUUUUAUGAAUGAAAAGGCAUUUCAAUGAGUUACUUUCAAUUGUAUGAAAUUUGUGAUUAAAUUGCUGAAAAUGCUUGAAUUGUAUAAUUACUUGCUGCGAAUGUUUAAUCAUUACAGAUGUUAUUUUUAUCUAGUUAUAUCUUAGAUAAGUUUAUCAACCACAGACAUUUAGAUUGCAUUUCCGUCGACAUAUUCCAUAGCUACGCGGAAAUUUCGUCUUAUACUCUUCGCAGCAUGUAAUUGUUGAAAAAAAAAAGACUUUACAAUAAUUGUUUUUUCAUAUCCCAUUCAGCAACUCAAUGUGAAAUAUAAAUUAUAUCAUUGUCGGCAUUAUUAAAUUAUUUUCUAACAUUGUGUUUCCUUGUUGACUUACUUAUAUGCGACUAUUGCUCACGAGUUCAUUGUUAACUCUUCGUUAUACUUACUUGUAAACUAUGAGUGGCCUCAUAAAUAUGUAUACUGGCGUAUGCGAAAAUUAAUAAUAUAUCUUGUAUAAAUUUGGUCAUCUAAGUAAUUGUAUUAAUUGUUAUAUACGUUUUAUAUAUAUUUGCACUUUUUCAGUGCUUGAAUCAUAUCCCUGUUUUGUUACGUCUGUUUCUGCCGCAGUGCUUUAGCUACUACUUAUUGAUGCUAUGUAAAUGCUCCUCAUCGUGCAAUACCAUAUCUGAAACACAUUGUUUAGUGUUACAUUUUUUUCUAAGAUAUUUUCCCUGAAGCUGUUAUUUUGUGACAUAAAAAGUGUUUUUUUAUGCAUUUUUGUAUGUUUCAGCGUAGCCUCUCCAGUCUUUUUCAAAAGAUAUAUCUAAAAUAAAGGAAAGUGUUUUCAGAUUUU